AUUUUUAUUGUGCCUCGAAUUGUUCACCGAACCGGUCGCGUUUUUGCCUUUUGACAUCCGAGUCCCUCGGGAGUUUUUCUAUAUAUUUAGAACGAUAAACAACCGUAUCAGCCGACCUGUGGAUCGCCAAUAAAGAGCUGAUAUUCCAGAUUAACAUUUAGCUGUGUUGAAAUCAGCAAAUAAAAUAAGAAUCUGUCAUUGUUCGUCACCGGUUAUAAGGAAAAAUCCCAAAAAAUAGGGUUUCCAAUAUGACCUGGGGAUUUGUGACCUGUGGCCCUAAUGAGGCCUUAGUUGUUUCUGGAUGUUGCUACAUGAAGCCGCUUUUGGUGCCGGGUGGCAGGGCCUUUGUAUGGCCCACCAUCCAGCAAGUUCAACGAAUUUCGCUGAACACGAUGACUCUCCAGGUGGAGAGUCCUUGCGUGUACACCAGCCAGGGAGUCCCCAUCUCCGUGACAGGAAUUGCACAAGUUAAAGUUCAGGGUCAAAACGAAGACAUGCUGCUUACCGCUUGUGAACAAUUUUUGGGCAAAUCGGAGGCAGAGAUUAACCAUAUUGCUUUGGUCACCCUCGAAGGACAUCAGCGGGCCAUUAUGGGAUCAAUGACCGUGGAGGAGAUUUACAAGGACCGCAAGAAGUUCAGCAAGCAAGUGUUCGAGGUGGCUUCUAGCGAUUUGGCCAACAUGGGAAUAACUGUCGUCUCCUACACCAUCAAGGAUUUGCGCGAUGAGGAGGGUGACUCAAAGGGCUAUCUUAGGUCGUUGGGUAUGGCUCGUACGGCGGAGGUGAAGCGAGAUGCUCGGAUCGGCGAGGCUGAGGCCCGCGCCGAGGCCCACAUUAAGGAGGCCAUUGCUGAGGAACAGCGUAUGGCUGCCCGUUUCCUCAAUGACACCGAUAUUGCCAAGGCACAGCGUGACUUCGAGCUUAAGAAGGCCGCCUACGACGUGGAAGUGCAGACCAAAAAGGCCGAGGCUGAGAUGGCUUACGAGCUGCAGGCGGCCAAGACCAAGCAACGCAUCAAGGAGGAGCAGAUGCAGGUCAAGGUGAUCGAGCGUACCCAGGAGAUCGCAGUUCAAGAACAGGAGAUCAUGCGUCGUGAACGGGAGCUGGAGGCCACCGUUCGUCGCCCAGCUGAGGCGGAGAAGUUCCGUAUGGAGAAGCUGGCCGAAGCCAACAAGCAACGCGUGGUCAUGGAAGCCGAAGCAGAGGCUGAAUCGAUCAAGAUUAGGGGCGAAGCCGAGGCUUUUGCCAUUGCGGCCAAGGCGAAGGCAGAGGCCGAGCAGAUGGCCCAGAAGGCAGAGGCCUAUCGCGAGUACCGGGAGGCUGCCAUGGUGGAGAUGCUGUUAGAUACGCUGCCAAAGGUUGCCGCCGAAGUCGCUGCCCCACUGUCGCAGGCCAAGAAGAUUACGAUGGUGUCCAGCGGAACUGGCGAUAUAGGAGCCGCCAAGCUAACCGGCGAGGUCCUGUCUAUUGUCAACAAAGUGCCAGAGCUGGUCAAGAACAUAACCGGCGUGGACAUUGCUCGGUCUGUGCAUGCUGGCUAAAAAAAGUACCCAAUCGAAAACCAAAUCAGAACACACAAUUAUGUACUCUGCAAAAUAAAAAAAAACAAAAACAAAAAUAUAAAACAAAAAUGAAACAAAAUAACGCAAUCUUGAACGAUCGAAUACUUCAAAACUGAAAUCGAACGCAUUUAAUCUUUGUUUAUGUAUUUAACGACAUAAUUAAUAUAUUAUUGAAUCUUUGUGCUAACCCGACAAAUUUUGCAACAUGUUUUACACACACACUCAGAGAGAGGAGCAAAGAUAUUUUGUAUUCAAUAUAUAUGUAUUUAUAUAAGUGUAUUGCACAGAGCGUGGAAUAAAUAUUCUUCCUUGAAUCAACAAA